AUGUAAACGGCACAGAAGCGCAGUGCCGCAUUCGGGGGCGCGGGGUAGUUCAGUCCGCUGCGGCCGGCAAGCGAGGCAGCAUGUCCCGUGCCGCGCCAUUAGCUCUCGCGCUCGCGCUACUCGCCACUCUCGCCGCGUGCGUAGAGGAAGAUUGUAAAGACUGGGAGGGCAAAUCAGUGCCUCACGGGCUGUUGUAUGUGCCAGGACCAGGGGUGUGUUCCAUCUGUGUGUGCUACCACUCGCAGCCCAUGUGGUGCAAAGCUAUUUACUGUGAUCCGCCUUAUUUCUGCAAAAAUUUCCGAGUUGGGGAGCGUUGUUGUGAAUUUGAGUGCUUGGACCCACCUGGAGAAGACACCAGGUAUCGUGAACGACAACGUUUACGAGCGCUCAUCCUUGCUGGCAACUCUUCGGCACCUCACACCAAACCUUCUUUACAAAUCAAAGCUGGGAUCUCAUUAAUAGCAGUAGCUGUUGCUAGAUUCGUCUGAAGAGAGACAAUUUGACGAUAUAUUUUCGUGCACUGGUGAUAAAUAACGGAUAUAUCGUAGGCUCUUGUGAUUUAUUAAUCAGCCAAUCCAAGUAAAUAUAACUCGAGUUAUAAAAUCGUAUAGAUAUACACGGUGCUAAGGUAUCUUAGUGGUUGACAUCCUCUUCUCAGAACUUUACCUAAAUAACUUUUAACAACUUAACCUAAAAUCUGAAAAGAGACGCAACUAUGUCACUCAAAAGUGACACCUCUUACAGAGGGAAAUGUAUGUUCGUAUUAUUCUGUGAUUACAACACGAUACUUCAAGAUCAAUCCAAGACAAGAUGGUACUUUAUAUAAGAUAAUUUAGUAAAUCUAAAAACAUUUCGACUCUUAAAAAACCUUAGUAAAAAUUCUUGUUACAAUUUCCUCCUAACUCACUAUCUUUUUGUAAUAACUCAAUUGCCAAAGAAAACACCAAUUUACCUCUAUCGAUACCUUUUAUAAAUUCACUUAAGUUACAUUAAGACUUUACUUAGCUAGUCAUAUUUUUACAGAAACAAUUUAGCUUACAAUUAAUUUCUAUUUUUAUCGGUAAAAUAAUAGAAUAUUAAUCAGACGAUUCCGUUUUUGCCUGUAAAAAGAAAUAAGGUAUUUACACCGACAAUAAUCAUAAAAGCUAGAAUAAGAUUUGAGAUCUUGCUUUUAUGCGUAGAAUUGUUACAAUGAUUAAUUUAUAAUGUUACAUUUCCUCGAAUUAUAAUAAAAUUUUGCAAGCAAUAUGCGGAGUAUCUACAGAAGUCUUCAACUUUCAACAAAAUGGCAGACUGCCAAUUUUAUGUUUACCAAUUUUAAACAAAAAAAAAAUUAAUUUAAAAUUGUGAGGAUCUAUAAAUUAUCAGUAUGAUUUCGUAAAAGAUACGGUAGGAAUAUAACUUCAGUCGAUUGUCAUAUUGCUUAAAAGAUAUUCAAGAAUAUGGUAAAGUAUGGGUACUUACCGUUUUUUAAUUUUUAAGUGAUUUGUUUUUACUUUUUGUACGCUUUGUUUUGUGACUAGGGCUAUUAUGUCAUGGCUAAUUUGAUAAUUUAAAUAUUAGUAUUUAAGUUUAAAGAUAAUAAUUUAUUACACAGAUAAUAAUUAGAUACAAAUAAAAUGUUCGGACCAAUUUUAUGUAAACAAGUAGCCUGGUGUUCGAUAUUUUAUUUUCCAUAUUAAUUUUCAUGUUAAAUGUGUCUUGUCCCGUAGAAACUAAAAAGAGUACAGAUAACAACAAUUAUGUACCAUUUUGAAUAUAACGCUUUAUCGACGUACCACGCUUAAUAAUAUAUAAUAGAAAGAAGAAAAAAAACAAUUAAAUUAUACAAUGAGCACCUACAAUAUAUAAUUUUUUGUAGUCGAAUGUACUUAUGUACUUUAUGGUGCAAUAAUUCCCUAAAAUUUGUAUAAUCCACAUUAAGUGUUGCAACAAUUUAAUUAUAUUAAAAAGAAAAUUGCAAUAUUGUACAGUGUAUACAUCGUGUACAGAAUAUAUAAGUUCAUGUUCAUAAAUGUAUAAAUCAAUUAAAACUAAACAGAUGACGCACUUGUAAUAAACAACUUAUGUAGUGUAUAAUUUACUAAAGUUUUACUGUAUUAUCUGUACCGUUAAAUAUUGCAAUUAAUUUCCUGUGUGGAUGGACCAUAAAAUUAAGGAAAAGGUAUCUGAAACAUUGUGUAAUUAUAUCGUAUGCUAAUUAUUUUAAUGAAAAUCUGUGUGCCUUACACAGCCCUUCGAGAUUUCGCUCGAAAUAACAUAAAACAAUUUAUUCUCCCUUCUACAUUAUAUAAAAAUCCAGUGAUAUUAUAAAGUAGAUAAAUUAUAGAAUAUACCAAAUGAAAGAAUUAUGAAAUUCUUCACUUCUUAAUAAAUCGUGUAGAUAGGCACUUGAAAAUUGUAGCUUUAAAUUACUUACGUCAUAUCAUCGGCUAUUAGGCCUAAUGCUCACUGAGACAUAUAGCCACGGUAACAGCUUCAUCACGACGUAAUGAUGUUGUAAAAUUACACACUAUCGAAUUUGUUAUCGUGUCCUUUGUCGAAGCACACGCCUAGCCUUAGAAUUUUAAAAUACAGCAAUGCGAUAGAAAAGCUUAGAUUUACUUUCAAUUUAUUUUUCAUUAUUAAACAUAAGCCAGAUUACAAUGCUAGAUACUUUAUUAUCUCAUUUAAAGAACUAAGUCACUGAUGUGUCUAUGUUAUUCUUGUAGGGCUACAGGAUAGAUAAAUUAUAUGCUAAUAAUUAUACCAAUUAUAAUAACUGAUUUAAUUAUAUGCUUCGAUAAUACAAAAAUAUUCCAUUGCUAUCCAAUUUUAAACCAAACAACAGUGUGAAAAAUAAAAAAAUAAUUUUCAUAAUUAUGAUAUCUGAUUUAAAUGAUGAAAAAUACUGUAUAAUAUAGCUUCUUAUUUCAUGAAUAAUUUUAAAAUAACUAUAAUUAUGGCAAUGUGAGACGUAAUUAGCUUAAAAGAUAAAAUAAAACAACGUCCCCAGAUGAAUAGCAAGAAUUUUACAUUAAUUCGUAGAUAUUAAUUCGACAUAGCUAUAUAGCGUGACCAAGAUAUUCGACCUAGGUCAUAGGCAUAAUGACAUAAAAAAGUAGCUUUGACAAUAAAAAAAUUCGCUACACACAUAGUGUUUUAUAAUGACAUCUUCACAUGGCAAUUAUAUUAGGAUUAUUCAAAUUUGGCUUAAACAUUGACAUCUAGAUAUCUUCAUAACAUAUCAACUAAAAUGAAUCACAUCCUGCUUAAUUGUGAUAGACAAAAUUUAAAGAUUAUUUUUAAAUAAAACUAACGAUCUAUUUAUGAGAUAUAAGAAAACACCAAGUAACAAUUAAAGGAUAUUUAAACAAUGUAACCUGUCAAAAAAGACGUUAACCUGUUAAAAUAAAUACAGAUUGUCUGUUUGAUUUUGACUACAAUCUAUUUUCUGUAUAUAAUAAUGCUUCCGACUGUACUUAUGGCUUAUGAUGAAAUGAUAAUAUUAUUUUUAUAUUCCGACAUUUGGAUCCCUAAUAAACAGCCGGUACCGUCUACAUUAUACAUAAAAUUAAAUAAAGAAAAAUUACAGUACCUACUAAUCUAUUUUAUUUGAAACAAUCGAUACUGCUGUUAACAGAAUAUGUAUUUAUUAUUUUUGCCCUAAUAAAUUACAAAAUUAAAAAACAAGCCUGAAGAUCAUAAGAAUGUUUUUAUAAGUUUAUAUAAUGUUAAUAAUGACGAAUGUGUUUUUAAAAGGGGUUAGUAUAGGGUUGCUUAAGUCAAACACCUACACCAUUUGAGUGCAUCAAUACCUACAUUAUAAUGAGAAAUUAAAAGUAAUCGUAUUUUUAGGUAAAUUCAUUACAAAAUUAAAAAAAUAAAAUCUACAGACCUCACGACGUAUGUAUGCGAAUUUCUUAGAUAAAUACUUACACCAGAAAGGGCUUGUUUAUUAAAAGUAUUUCUUUAUUAAUUAAUUAAUCUUGUUAAUCUUGCAACUAAAUGUAAACCAGAUCCAAUCAAAUGUUUGAUAUGAAAUUUUGCUUUUGGUGCACUAAAAAUAUAUUGAUGGAAAUAAAGCUAAGUGAACCGUGAUAUUAUUUUUCUAGUGUUAAUUAAUAACUGUCUGCUUUACAUUAGGUGUGCGAGUAAAGUGUAAUUUAAUAGGAGGAUAAUUUUUUUUUCUUGGGAUGAGUAUAUGCCCCGCACUCUUGCCCGACUAAACCCAAACAAAGCAAACUAUGACAUAAAUUAAUGGAAUAUCAAUGAUUUUUUAUUAAUAUGUGCAUCAUAAAUAGUGUCAUUAUUGAGCAGAAAUUAUAAUAUAAAAACAAUAAUAAUGUUUGCAUAGUGGCAUUGUUCAUUUCAAAACCUUACACAAUGUCAUUAUUCUGUUAAAUUUUCACGCUCAUAGCUUAUAAUAAUGUCUCCAAUUAAUUUAAUAAUAAACCAUAAUGUACCUUACCUAAUUCUAAGUAUCAUUUGUAUUCAUUUUGAUCUUGAAUAAAUGGUGUGAAAAUAUACAUAUUUUUUAAAUUAUUACAAUUGUAAAUACAUGCAAAUAAAUAUUUAGCUCAAAUAAAUCUUAGUCCAAAA